GACGGUCCAUUCCAUCGUGCUGUACUGCGAAAGCGGUACCUCGAGACGCGUUCGGUUUCCUCGGCGAUCCUCUCGCGCACUUUGUGAGUGUUUCAAGUGCAAGAGCAAGCUUCGGAGGAGUUGCGGCGGUCGCAAGGAUGCGCUUUCUUCGGAGGCGGCACCACAUGUCGCCGCUGAUCCUCUUCGUAUUCGUCACAUCCUGCAGCAGCGUCCUCGGCAGACACCGCAUCCGGCACCACCGGGACCGCUUCAAACGGCAGCAGGGCGAGCACUUGUACCUGGCUGGUAGUUACGUGUACGAGGGCGGCCAAGGGCCGGAUCUGGGCCCUUGGUCCGACUGGUCCUCCCCCAGUCCUUGCUCGCGGUCCUGCGGGGGCGGCGUGUCCACCGAGACGCGGCAGUGCACCCCAGGGUACACGUGCCAAGGGCCUACCAGCCGACAUUUCUCAUGCAACACUCAGGAUUGUCCGGAUAUCGGGGACUUCAGGGCUCAGCAAUGCGGGGAAUUCGAUAGUGUGCCCUUCAACGGGGUGCUCUACCAGUGGAUUCCGUACACGAAGGCGCCUAAUCCGUGCGAGCUCAACUGCAUGCCACGCGGGGAGAGGUUCUAUUACAGGCACAGGGACCGGGUGGUGGAUGGUACGAGGUGCAACGACGAGAACCCGGAUGUGUGCAUCGAAGGGAAAUGCCAACCAGUGGGGUGCGACAUGAUGUUGGGUUCACCGGCUCGGGAAGAUCGCUGUAGGAUUUGUGGAGGCGAUGGUAGUACGUGUAAGACGGUGACGGGGCGUCUGGAUAUGCAAGACCUCCAAGUGGGAUACAACGACAUUCUUUUGAUACCAGGGGGCGCUACGAACAUUCUAGUUGCAGAAGUCGCACCUUCCAAUAAUUAUCUGGCGGUUCGGAACACCUCAGGUCACUACUACCUCAACGGGAACUGGCGGAUAGAUUUCCCCAGGUCGAUGGACUUCGCCGGGUGCAGGUUCCUCUACGAGAGAAACCCUCAAGGGUUUUCAGCCCCUGAUAGAAUAAGUUGCUUGGGACCUAUAGACGAGCCCCUCUUCAUUGUGAUGUUGUUCCAAGACCGCAACGUUGGCGUAGACUACGAAUACAGUCUUCCGACUAACAUCCAACCUGGCUACGAAACGGAAACCUACGCCUGGACUUUCGACCAGUUCACGACUUGUAGCGCGACGUGCGGCGGAGGUAUCCAACACCGAAACGUAACCUGCGCCGGUCGCAAGACCCUAGAGCCCGCCGACGAUAGCCUCUGCGACGUCAACAACAAACCAGCCACCAGUCAAAAGUGCGCGGAGAUCGCGUGCGAAGCCCAGUGGACGCCGUACCCUUGGGGCAACUGCUCGGCUCCGUGUGGCGAUGGCGGUGUUCAAACCAGAGAGAUCGCCUGCCAGCAGAUCAUCUCCAAUGGGUACCCGUCUCUGGUAGACGAAUCCGAGUGUCUUAAAACAGGAGCUAAACCUCCCCAGCAACAAGUUUGCAACAAGGGUAGGAUUUGUUCGAAGUGGCACGCUGGGCCGUGGAAACCCUGUGACCACUUGUGUGGUGACGGCAAAGAAAAACGUCAAGUGGUUUGCUACCGGAAGGAGAACGACAAGAUUGUGGUUGUGGACGAUUCGGAGUGUACCGCAAUCGAAGAGAAGCCCGAGAGUGAAAGAAAGUGCAAUUUAAGGCCUUGUGAGGGUGUCGACUGGAUUAAUUCCGUAUGGAGUGGGUGUGACAAGUGUGGGUUGACCAAUGAGACACGGAAAGUUAAGUGUGCUACGGCUGCCGGACAAGUGUACCCAGACGAUUUAUGCGACGCCGAACGAAAACCAGAGAUGGUACGACAGUGCAAUGGAACUAAGGCACAGUGUGACUAUAACUGGUAUGCGUCGCAGUGGAGCGAGUGUUCUGCUCAAUGUGGACAAGGUGUACAAACUCGUACUUUGUUCUGCGGACUCGUCACUGAAGGUGGUACCGUUAAAAAAGUCGAAAACGAAAAGUGUGACUCUAACAAGACCUACGAAACCAUCAGGAACUGUACCGGGGAGGUGGAAAAGUGUCCAGGGGAAUGGUACAGCGGCCCCUGGACCGACUGCUCCAAACCUUGUGGAGGUGGCGAAAGAAGCAAGAAAGUGGUUUGUUUGAAAGACUUCCAGGUCGUUGACGCUUCUCAGUGCAGCCCAGACACGAUUAUCUUCAGCAAGGAAGAAUGCAACUCACAACCUUGUUCCGAAGACACUAUCAUCCCAACUGACGUCACCAAGUCGGUCGACGAAUCAGAAUCUAAAGAAUUCACUACGUCGGUUGACAUAGAAUCCACGCCAAGCGACAAAGAAAAACCGGACGAGUACGAAAUUGUAGAAUCUGAUGAGUGUGACGACGGCGAAUGGGUGGAACAAGAAGCGGAACCGGCGGCCCUUAAAGUCUCAGCGCCGGCUGCCCUCAAAGCAAGGGCACCAGCCGCCCUCAAAGAAGCCACCAAGGCGCUGGGUGACGAUAAACUGGGUGCGAGUACCGAAUCGAGUGUGACCGGUUGGUCGAAAGAAACCGACUUGUCGAUGGACGAUCUCAUGCUCAGUGAUGCUCCGUCUUCCCCAGGAGGCGGCGAAGACACCGAAGUUGCGGGUUCGGGUGAUCAGGAACUUACAAGUGUGCCGGGUGAUUCUGAAGGUACUACUUCCGCUAUGGAGUCCACGGUGGAAGGAUCUGGGGAUACCGAACCCUGGACAAUUGAAACUGAUGUCCCGAUAGAACCAGAAAAGGCGUCUAGUUUGGGAAGUCAACCACCUGGAGAAGAAGUGACCACAGUAAGUGAGCCCGAAGGAACUGAAAUUAGCGACAAGAGUUCUGAGCAAACAACAGCGGCUAGUGAUGAAUCGACAGAGUCUUCUGGUGUUACUGACGUGUCGGCUCCUGCUUCGUCAGAGUCCCCGGAAGUUACAACCGAUUCGUCAAUAGUGUCUUCUGUUUCAUCGGACGUAACGACUUCGGAAGAAGCUGAGUCGGGCGGAACGACGGAACUGUCUGAAUCCGAAGGUACGACGGAAUUAUCCGAAUCCGGAGCUACGACAGAACCGUCUGAAUCCAUAGCCACGUCUUCAGAGGUAGCGUCUGAAAGUUCAGCCAUUGUUAGUUCUUCCGAGUCUAGUACGUCUUCAGAUGUUGAUGAAACAACAGACACUGAAGCUACUGAAGAUACAGACAGUACUGAUACAACCGUGACGACAGAAACUAGUGAAACGAGCGAAAGCAGUGAAGCUACAGAAAGCAGUGUAAGCACGGAAAGUACAAGUGCCGAAGAAACCGACGUCACGGAAAGUACCGAAGUCACUUCUUCGCAAAGUUCUGAAAGCGAAUCGUCGUCUGUGGAGUCAGUCACUGAUAGCAGCUCGUCCACUGAUGUGUCUGAAAGUAGUGAAGCAACUUCAGAGUCUGCUUCAGCGGUUACAGAAGUUACAACAGAAGAAGCGGGUGUGGCAACCACAAGUGAGAAAACGGAAGACUCAGGCGAAGUGUUCAUUGGAGAAUCAGAUCUUGGAUCUGAAAGGGAAACAACCAAGGCUCCUACGACGCAAGGUAGCACGGAGGAAAUUUCGAGCACCACUGAAGGCAUGGCAUCGUCUGAAAGUGCAAUCAGUUCUGAAGUUACCACCGAACAAGUUGAAAGUACGGAAAGUAGUACUGUUGGUGAAAUUAGUUCGGAGGUUGCUACCGAAACUCCUGAAAGCUCUGAAACACCUGUCGUGUCUUCAGAAGCACCUGUUGUGUCUUCAGAAGCACCUGUAGUGUCUUCAGAAGCACCGGAAGCAACAACUGAAGAAGGUGUGACUACUGAAGAAACCACUGAAGGACGUGUGACGACUGAAACAGCCACCGAAGAAGGUGCUACUACUGAAGCAGUCACCGACGUUUCAGCUAAAGCGGAAUCUCCGGAACCUACCACUGAAAUUUCGGCUGGUACUGAAGCAACGGAAAUCGACAUUUGGUCGUCGACCACUGAAAGCGGUGUUACUGAAGAGAGCACUGAACUGUGGGAAACCACUCCCUUGGUGGAAAUUUUGAAACCCACGAAACACAAAAUGUGUAAGAGAAAGAAACAAAAGACUUGUAAGGAGACAAUGUAUGGAUGCUGUUGGGACAAAAUUACUCCAGCUGAAGGACCUUUCGACAAAGGUUGCCCUAACCCUAAAACCUGCAAAGAAUCCAAGUACGGUUGUUGCGAGGACGAAGUUUCCCCCGCUUUUGGACCCGACUUCAAAGGGUGUCCUGAGACGCAUUGUAACGAAACGUUGUUUGGAUGCUGCCCUGAUAAUACAACCAUCGCCGAGGGUAACGAUGAUGAAGGUUGUCCACCACCACCUCCGGCUUGUACGUUGUCUGAAUACGGUUGCUGUAAGGACAACGUCACUGAAGCGCAAGGAGCUAACUAUAAAGGUUGCGAAGAAGAAGAGGAGGAGAAAGAAUAUAGUACUACGAUUUCGAGUACCACAGAGUGGGAAGGGGAAGAUUGCAAUAACUCUACGUUUGGUUGUUGCCCCGACGGCUUCGAAGCCGCCGAGGGUGAAUUCUACCAAGGCUGCAACAUCACCGACUGCAACGAAGCCUUCUUCGGUUGUUGUCCAGACGGUGUUACACCAGCUGAAGGCUCAAAUUACGAAGGCUGCAGAAUGCCGUGCUCUGACAAUCCAUUCGGUUGUUGCCCUGACAAAAUCACUCCAGCACACGGCCCCAGCGGUGAAGGCUGCUGUCUUGCAAGCCCACAUGGCUGUUGCCCAGACAACAUACUUCCAGCCAGAGGACCCAAUCUUGAAGGCUGCGGCUGUCAAUACUCACCUUAUAGGUGUUGUCCGGACAACGUUACAGCAGCUAGAGGUCACAACAACGAAGGUUGUGGGUGCCAAUACACCGAACAUGGUUGCUGUCCCGACGAAUACACCCCAGCGGCUGGUCCCGACUACCAAGGCUGCCUCUGUCACACAUUCCAGUUCGGGUGUUGUCCAGAUGGCCUCUCGGUGGCCAAAGGACCGCACCAGCAAGGUUGUGGGUGUCGAAACACCGAAUUUGGUUGCUGUACGGACGACAGGACUCCUGCUCAAGGUCCUGAUUUCGCAGGGUGCGGUUGCGAUUCCAGUAAAUUCGGGUGUUGUCCAGAUGGUAACACAGAAGCGACGGGUGAUAACUUUGAAGGUUGCGAAAUUGUUCCUGAAAAUUUGCAAGAGAGUUGUACCCAGCCGAAAGAACGAGGGUCCUGUCGCAACUACACUGUUAAGUGGUUCUUUGAUAUGGACUACGGUGGGUGUUCUCGGUUUUGGUACGGCGGCUGUGAUGGUAACGCCAAUCGGUUCAAAACUAAGGAGGAGUGUGAUGGUAUAUGCGUCAAACCUGAAGGACUUGACAGAUGCAAGCUUCCGAAGGUGCCUGGGCCGUGCGAAGGGUAUUAUCCGCAGUGGUUCUACGAUACGGAGAGGAAGCAUUGCGCACAGUUUAUCUAUGGGGGUUGUUUGGGUAACAAUAACAGAUUCGAGACCAGAGAGGAAUGUCUUGCUCUUUGCGUGAAGGACGACAGUGUUGACGCAUGUGAACAAGAGAAAGAUGAAGGACCUUGCAAAGGUAACUAUUUAAGGUGGUACUACGACAAAAACACCAAAACCUGUGGAGAAUUCAUCUAUGGAGGCUGCAAAGCCAACAAUAAUAAUUUCCCGACAGAGGAAGCCUGUAAGCAACAGUGUACCCAACCGGGUCGUAAAAAAGAUCACUGUUCUCUUCCGAGAGCUCAGGGUAAUUGCACGGGGAGGGAACCCAGAUGGUACUACGACAUUCCUGAAAAACAAUGCUUGCCGUUUUACUAUUCCGGUUGUAAUGGUAAUAACAAUAACUUCAACAGUAGAGAAGCAUGCGAAACUGAUUGCCCGAAGGAAAUUGAGAAAGAUUUGUGCCAACUGCCUGCCGAUAUCGGCACUUGCGGAACUUAUACCAGUCGGUGGUACUACGACACGAGGGAGAAAGGUUGUCGUCAGUUCUACUAUGGCGGUUGCGACGGAAACGGCAACAACUUUGAAACGCAAGAACAGUGUGAACAAAGAUGCGACAAGAGAGUACCAUCGCGAAUUACAGAACCACCGGAACCGCCUGGACCACCGGGACCGCCAGGACCGCCAGGACCACCAGGACCACCACAGCCGUCCGAAGAACCAUUCACCACAGCUUCGUGUUUCUUACCCAGCGAACCCGGGACUUGCCGAAUCGCGGAACUCCGCUACCACUAUGACAGUGGAGAUGGCGUCUGCAAACGUUUCACUUACGGCGGCUGCGGAGGCAACAAAAAUAACUUCGCCACGGUGGAUCAGUGCUUGCAACAUUGUGGCAACGCGCAAGAUCUGUGUAGGUUGCCUCAGGUCGUAGGCCCGUGCGAUGCGGAAUACGAGCAGUUCUACUACGACGCGAGUACCGAUACUUGCAACUCUUUCAUCUAUGGAGGCUGCGAAGGCAACUAUAACAGAUUCCCGGAUCGAGCGUCGUGCGAACAAAGAUGUAAGAGGACUCCGCCGACUAGGGAGGAACCUAUCCAGACGCAAGCACCUCCGGUACCCACAAUUCCCAGCAACGUCGCAAUGUGCUACGAACAAGCCGAUGCCGGAAACUGUACGGACACCCUUUCGGUCUUUUUCUACGACGCAGCCACCCGGGUGUGCACUCCUUUCACGUAUACAGGGUGCGGGGGUAAUGGUAAUCGCUUCGCCAGCGAGGAACAGUGCGAACGACAGUGCGGCAGCUUCCGGGGACAAGAUGUUUGCAACAUGUCGAGGGACAAAGGUCCGUGCAAGGGGUACUUCGUCAAAUACUACUACGACAAAGGAGCGGGCCGCUGCGGCCAGUUCGCUUACGGUGGCUGCGGAGGCAACGGCAACAGGUUCAGCUCGAACGAAGAGUGCGAGUCAAUCUGCGUAACGCACGAGGAGAAACGCACGAAUGUGACCAGUACCGUUGCCUGCGAAUUGCCUGUGGAUAAGGGUACUUGUCAGGAUGGGUACCAUAAGAGGUGGUACUUCGAUAAUGCACGUGGCGAAUGCAUAGCCUUCAUAUUCAGUGGUUGCGGGGGAAAUUUAAAUAAUUUUAAAACAUUCCAGUCUUGCGUUGAAUUCUGUAACGAUUAUUUGACAGUAACUCAAGCUCCGGCAGGUCCUCAAGAUCACCCGUGUCAAGCGCACUUCGACGAAUGCGCCACUUUGAGGUGUCCUUACGGCAUCGAGGCCUACGUGGACGACAACCAGUGCAACCGGUGCCAGUGCCAGAAUCCGUGUAGCAAGGUGGACUGUCCACGGGAGUCGCAGUGUGCUAUUGAUAUCAACCGCAACAGGACCAGCAGCCAGGACCCAGAUUUCAUUGCGAUUUGUCGAGAGAUUAAUAAACAAGGCCAGUGCCCGAGUUUGGAACGCCACGAGGAAGAUCAGUGCGAACAGGAAUGUAGAAACGACGCCGACUGUCCUCUGCACCUCAAGUGUUGCACCACCGGUUGUGGUACCUCGUGCGUGGAACCGGUGUCUCAAGUACCACCUGCAGAGUUGGUAACACAGUACGCACCGGUGUACACCGAAGCGCCCGUCCAAAGCGACUUUUCACCCCCGAAGAUUGACUUGGAAUCUUACGAACCGGAAGUUCAGGGGCUUUUUGGAGACCACGUCACUUUGAAGUGUGCGGUUACCGGUAAUCCCACACCCAGGAUAACUUGGAAGAAGGACGAUUUAUUGAUCGACGGCACUCAAGCUAAGUACAGGAUCAAGUUAGACCAAUCGCUUCAGAUCAUUACGCUUCAUAAGACUGACGCAGGAGUGUAUCUUUGUACUGCCGAAAAUAGCGUAGGUGAACCUUUAACGAAUCAAAUAAAACUGAACGUCAUCGACGGUCCUCACCGGCCUGCAACCGUACUGGAACCCGAGACUCUACCAAACGUUGUGGUGUCACUUAACGCUCCAGCAACCCUCAACUGUCUAGCAGUAGGCAAUCCCCUCCCUGCCGUAACCUGGUGGAAAGAUGACAGUCUUAUCCCUCUAAAAACUAGUCAGUUCGAAGUACGCAAAGACUAUUCCCUUCUCAUACAUUCCGUUAAAUUAACAAACCUUGGGAUCUAUACUUGUCAAGCUUACAACGGUGUGGGUAAAGCUGCUAGUUGGUCGGUCACCGUGAAGGCUAGAGGACCAUACCACAGCACGAACCCCAAAGACCAGAAGUUCCUAAAAUAUAUAGUGAAUCCACCUGAACUACCUACGACUGUGGCUCCUACUGUAGCCCAGCCUGUCUUUAGACCUACUCCUCCCCCUUACUUACCGCCUGCAAAUAACGAGAUUAAUCCGAACAGGGACACAGCACCUCAGGGACCUCCUAAUUUUGUGCCUGUGGAGACGAACAUCACGUCCGAGAGUCAACGGUUUCCAACGAACGCGGACAUUUCUCUCCCAUGUGUCGUGCAUGGGUACCCUAUGCCACAAGUCAAGUGGUACAAGGAUGGUAUCCCCAUUGUACCAUCUGAUCGGAUUCGCGUUUCAGACGAUCAUGUUGUGACGAUUUUGAAAGCUUCGAAGGCAGACUCUGGCGUUUACCAGUGUGAAGCCGCGAAUGCGUAUUCGACAGCAUCCAGCAGUGUUACGAUCCUGGUGGACGGAAUCUACAUCCACCCGAACUGCAAAGACAACCGGUUCUUUGCCAAUUGUGAUCUCAUCGUAAAGGCGAAGUUCUGUUCGCACAAAUACUACGCGAAGUUCUGCUGUAGGUCUUGCACAGAGGCAGGCUUGUUACCAGUGGAUGGGUCUCAUUUAUCCAGCAGUGAGAAGCAGACAGCACUCAUCAACAACUUAGUAUAAAUUUUUUAAAGCGUAUUUUAUUGCUAGUCUCAUACUUUGUUAAGAGUUACGGAAAGUAUUUUUUUAUUUGACUAACAAAAUUUAGGUUUUUAAGAACGUGUAUGCUUCGUCAAUUUUUUUUGUACUUAAUAUGUCGUCUGACUUCCACGUAAACAAUUGUAGAUAUAUUUUUACAGUGUGUGCAAUUUAUUGAUGUAACUCAUGUAUGUAUAUAAAAAUUACGUUAAUAUUUUUAUGACUUUUUAAUGUAAAAAUGUGUUCAUUACAUUGUAAAAUUGAAAAUUUUUAAUAUAAAUUUUUCACUGA